UGUUUACAUAAUUCCUAGAAAUCCUUUAAAGUUGAGAUGGUUCAAUUGUCCUUUGUUGAAAUAAGGUAGUUUUUUCGUUAAAACAGUUAUUUAUUACCAGGAAUAAAAUAAAUUUUUGAAAAUGAAAAAGUGGCUUGUUUUUGCUAUAAUUCUCAUUGCUUCAGUAGUUUUAUUCAGACCUACAGAGAGUUGCAACAAAGCUAUAUGUGCAAGUGUUGUUUCAAAAUGUAUGUUGACUCAAUCCUGUAAAUGCGAUUUAAAAGACUGUUCCUGUUGCAAGGAAUGCUUUAGCUGUCUAAGCUACUUGUACAGCGAAUGUUGUUCAUGUGUAGAUAUGUGCCCAAAGCCCAAUGAGACAAAUAAUGUAUUAAGCAAAAAAAGUCAUAUUGAAGAUUUUCAUGAUUCUAUACCAGGAUUGUUUAAAGCUUUGACCUCAGAUCCUGAUCCUUUACAAAGGUGGUUGACUUUUACAUUUCCUGUAGAUUUUGAUCAAUCACCAUACAGGAUUCAGCAUGAGAAAGAGGAGUAUUAUUUACAAUCUGUAGACUCUGAUGUUACUGAACCUAAAAGCAGGGACAAUAUCAUAACAGUAAAUUGCACAGUUGCUUACCAAUCUCAAUGUAUGUCUUGGAAUAAAUGUAAACAUCAUUGUCAAACUAUGGGGUCUUCCAGCUAUCGAUGGUUCCAUGAUGGUUGUUGUGAAUGUAUUGGAGACACUUGUAUUAAUUAUGGAAUUAAUGAAAGCAGAUGUCUUGAAUGUCCUGAACCAAAAGAAGGAGCAGCUGAGCUAGACGACACUUAUGAUGCAUAUGAUGAUGAAUUAGACUAUGGAGAAGGUGUAGGACCACUUGAUGCAGCCAUUGAAUCAAAUGCGUAACUACAAACAAUUUAUUUUAAAUGAUAUUAUUUGACAAUGAAAUUUAAAUACUCAGCCUAGUUGAUAAAGAUUUUUUUAAUGCUGACUGAUGACAAAAGAAAUUUAAAUAUAUAAAAUAACUAUUAUACAUAUCUGUUGAUAUUGGAAUUAUGGUGCUCGAUUGUAUUAUAUACAUAU